AUGGCAUCGGCGUUUUCCCCGUCCCGGCAGCGCCUGGCCGCCAGAGAAGGCUACGAUGUUGCAUUUUGCCACAACUGCUUCCAUGAGUGGUACCUGAAUGUCGGUGCUGCGUCGCCGCCUCCGCCGUGUCCACGCUGUGGAGCUGAAGUGGUCGAGAUUGUUGAGGACAGCGACAACGAUCCACGAGGUUACCAGCAGCCCGGUGGGCUGCCUAUGUUUGCCGAGGUCCUCAUGGGCCUUUCGGGUCUCGGGUCCUUGGCGCGAAACGGCAACCGUUCGGACGGCCAGACGAGCGACGCUGGACACGACAACCACGACGGCCGAGAUCGAAAUGCCCCCUACGACCCCUUUUCGAAUCCUGGCGGCCCUGGUCCUGGCCCUGGCCACGACAACGGUCACGACAACGGUCACAGUCACGACGCGACGGACGCUGCGAACGACCCACUGGACGACGGGCUGGACGACGAUAUGUACUCGGACCCGGACGAGGCCGACAUUGACGUGGAAGAGUACCACGGGCCGAACAAUGUCUACAUGUACCGCUCCACCCAGCGGUUUGAACCGGGGUCGCGCGACCCAGACGACCCGCACGACGACGCGGCGCUUCUAGGCAUCGGGAUUCAUGCCUACAAUCCACAAGCGGGGGGUCCGUCUCCUCACCUGCGGUCCCCAGUGCCGGGCCAGCAGCCACGAGAAGCGCCGCCACAGGAGCCACCCCUAGCUCCCCAACGAGAACCGCAGGAACCGCCGCGACGGGUGCCGGCGGCAGACCCAGCCGACCCCCGGGCUAUGAUCGACACGUUUAUGCAGUUCAUGCACGGUCUGGGUGAUGGCAACCGAGCUGGCCGUUCCGGCCCCGAAACGCUGUUUUCGGGCGGUACGAACAACAACCAGGGCGGGGCCAACGAGCCCGGAAACCCCGGUCGCCAGAACAUGCCGGGGGCCAUGCCGCAGCACCGGACUGCGACCAUCAACACCAACUUUGGAACUACCAGUUUCACCAUUGCCACGGGGCCCUUGCAGCGAGAUGCUGCUGGUAACUUCAGCACCGUCUUCGCCAACAUCAUGGGCAACGUCGGCCCGCCCAACGUCGACCGCCAGAACCCAAACCAGAACCAGCGGGGGCCGGGUGGUGCGAACGGCGGCAACGGCACCCUCCCACCCUUCUCGGAUGCCCUGCAAAACCUGCUCGCCAUGAUCGUCGGCCAGGGCGCCGCAACUGCUACCUUCAAUGGCGAUGCUGUCCACUCGGACGAGGCUUUGGACCGCAUCAUCACGAUGCUCAUGGAGAACAACCGCGGCCCUACUGGUGCCCCGCCAGCCUCUCAAUCGGCGUUGGAUGCGCUCGAGCGCAAGAAGGUCGACGCCAAGAUGCUCGAACCCGACGGUCAUGCCGAGUGCACCAUCUGCAUCACGGAGGUGCAGCUCAACGAAGAAAUCUUGUACUUGCCGUGCAAGCACUGGUUCCACGAGGAGUGUGUCGUGACCUGGCUGCGCCAGCACAACACGUGUCCUGUGUGCCGCCACGCCAUUGCGGGCAACACGAAUGCCGCGCCCAACACGGCGCCCAACAAUGCCAAUACAACCCCAGGUGCGGCUCCUCCAGCCGGUCAAGGAGCACAGCAGCAGCAGCAGCAGCAGCAGCAGCAGCAGCAGCAACAACAACAACCGCAACAGCCGCAACAGCCGCAACAGCGACCCAUCGGCGACUUUAUGCGAAACCACCGCAUCAACGCCUCGACAAAUUUGGCCGACCAUCUGCAGUUUCACCAGCAGCAGGUCAACCGCGCCCGUCUGAACGCGAUCCGUGCAGCUGCUAAUCGCCCGCCCGAGUCGGGGCCGGUGCCGGUGCGUGGAGCUGGUCCGAACCUGAACCUGAACGUGAACCUGAACCCGAACCCGAACCCUUUCGGGGCCUUUGGCGGCGGCGCCUUUGGAUCGCCCGCCGGGUCCCCGUUUACAGGGUCGCCGUUCAACGGGUCACCUUUCCAGCAGCCCUCGCCAUCCCCGACGCCGUCAUCCACGACGCCCCCGCCCUCGUCCUCGCACAAUGCCAGCCACUAUCGGAGCUCGCGCGUGCCAGAACGCGAGGCCGCCGCCGAGCGCGAACGCCGCCGCCGCGACUCGCACUCGCCCGGUGCUGGCCCCAACGCGUCCAACCGCCGCUUUAACCUGGCGUCGCAGACCGACCGCCUCCGGGAGCAAAGGGAGCAGCAGCAGCAGCAGCGGGAACAACAGGAGCAACAGCGCGAGCACCAGGCGCACACGGGCGCUUGGAUGGACUAUGACGAGUUCCCGUCAGCUGCGUCGGCAUUUUCCACACACGGCCACCAACGGCCGAGUCAGACCUCGAACCAGACCCCAGAUCAGACUCCGACACCGACGCAAAGCGGCAGCGGCAGCAACGGUGCGACACAUUAUUUCUGGUACAGCAGCAUGGGCCCGACGCACACCGGAAUGCCGAAUGCGAGUGGUGGCGGCCACAGAGCCGGCACUGGCCAGGGCAACAGCGGAUACAACAUGGACCCGAGCUCGGGCGGCAAUGAGAGCGAUGUUCACAACGCCAACAACAACGAUGCCAACAACGGCGGCAGCGGCGGCGGCGGGUUUUUCAGCACCCUCUUCCGGGGUUUCGGAAGCGGCAAUUCAUCUAACACGAGACGCCGGUGA